AUGUUGGGAUCGUAUCGCGCAGAUGGCGAUCAACGAAAACAGCGAAUCGACUUGUGUGGCGGAGUAGUCGGAGCGGAAGGAGGUGGCGUGCCAGCGACGUUGACUUCUCAUCUUGUCAGCCUCAGCAGGAGCAAAAACGAGAAAGGGCGCAAGGGGGAACGGUUGAAAGCCCCCCUGUAUUGGCAUCCUGGCGUGCCAGGGAUUCGGAUAUCGUAUGGAGGUCGACUGUCCUCCUGGUCCACGGGUCAUAGUACCCUCAAACGCACCGCCUCCAGGAGGGAUACGGGGAGUCGUUGUGAUCGAUGCAUCAUCCGACGCAAGGCCCGAGAUUUCUGUGCGAUGAGGGGUGGAGUGGUGAAUGGUGUUGGGAUGGCGCUGGGAAAUGGUGGUGGGAACCCUUAUAUCGUACCCGUACGAAGACCACCUAUGAAUAACGUGAGCGUCUCGGGUGCUCAUCAAGGCGCCAAUCCUUCAAGACCGUUCAUGUUGCUACCACACCAAUUCCAAAGACCGAGUCACCCGCCCAUACCCCAUUCAAUCGGGCCCUACGUCAACCAUUUCAACUCGCGCGGAGAAAUGGUUCAAUUUGUGUCACGGCCAAUGGUUCCCCCCCUCCCUACGUCCGCUCCGAUACAACUAUGCAAGACACCAGGCUGUAACGCAGUCUUACUCCCCCAAUACCACUACCCCGGACGACUAUGCAAGCGCUGCCAACAAACGCAAUAUCAGUUCGUGCCACCACGGGCGCCUGACAUGCAGCGCCCACCACCACCACCAUCACCCCCAUCCUCGAAAUCGACGACUGUCGAGGAGGAUGCCGCUAUUGAUCUAACCAACUUGGACGCGGGAUUGGACGAUGACGAUGAUGUUGAGAUGGACGAUCUUGAGCUUGAACUGACAUACCCCGAGCUACCACCCGCAACCCCAAGCCCAUUCGUCACCACACCAUUGGUAACAAACGCGAACCCCAGAGUUCCACCACCAUCAAUUACACGAAUCCCGCCCGUCCCUCGAGCGCCUACCAACCAUCGAAAACGACGUAAAGUUGAUGUUGGCAUCGCUGAAUCUAGACAAACGAAGAUUAAGGUUCCGGUUCGGAAGACAUCCCUGAAACUCUGCUCCUCACUCGACUGUACGGGCGUCGUUUCGCCCGAGUCGAGAGCUAGGCGGUGUGUAGGGUGUGUUAUGCGGGCGUGGAGAGUGUUGAAGGUUGGGUUGGGUGGGGUUGAUGAUCGGGAGGAGGGGGAAACGGGGAGGGACAAGGACGAGGGCGAGGGAAACAACGGGAAGGGGAAGACGGAGCGGAAGAAUGGGAAGAAGAUGGGGAAGAAGAAGGGGGUAACGUGGGCUGACGAAGCGGAGGGAGGGGGGUGUUUGGAGAAAAUGACGAGGAUUGUGCCGCUGCCUCUUUUGGAUGAUGUUGAGCGGAAGGUGUGUGGGGAGAUGAUGGGGUGUGAGAAGGGGGAGGAGGGGAGGGUGAGAGUUGAGUGUGCGGCGGGUCUGGAUGAUCAUGAAGGUGGGGAUGUUGUUAUGGAUGAGGUUGAGGAUGUGGAUGAAGAUGUGAUGCCCUCUGAUGCCAGCGCGGACCCUCCGAAUCUUCGCUCUGACUUCCCGAUGCCAUGUCUGCCUACACCACCGCCAUCCGCCUCUCCACCACCGUGUUCCUCUGUCCCUCCGCCCUCUUUGGCCUCGCCUUCGUCACCUGGACCAUCGCCCGUAGAGGUUGAGAAUGAGGCCUCUCAUCAUCAACAUUCGACGAUCAGGGACCUCGACUUGAAGACGACGGAUACGGACGUUCGUAUACCGGGGUGGGACAGCGACCUUUCGAACCUUUCAGAGUCUGAUUCGCUUGACGAGGAUGACGACGACUCAGAAACGGACUCAACCACAGACUCAGAUUCUGAUUCCACUGACGAGUCUGAUUCUACUGAUGAUUCGGACACUAGUAUCAGCACCAACACAGUACCAGUAUCAGUACCAGUACCAGAACCAGCCCAACCAUCCAUAACGGGCCUCAAGAUCCGCAUUCGUAUACCCCCCGCGCGUAUCAGACUUUUGAGGUUUUGGAGGGUCGGCCUGGGUAUUGUGUGUUGUGUCGAGCGAGGAGGCGGGCGAGGAGGAGGGGGCGAGACGAGGCUGCCCUCGACUUUCUACAAGACUCCCCAGAAGAAGAAGAAGAAGCGACGACAAUCGUACCGGGUGCCCGGCUGUGUUCAAUCCGCGAUUGUACACAUAUUAUACCGCCCCCUUCGGAGUAUCGUUGGAAGAUGUGUAGUUGGUUUGAAAGGUGAAGGGAGAUGUCAGAGUAGGGAUUGUGGCAUGCUUCGAGCCGUUAACUCCACGUCGGUGGAGUGUAAACAAUGUUUGACGGGAGCACGGUACUCUAAAAAGCGCGCCCGACCGAAAAGCAGUCCUUCAAGUUCUGGGAUGAUGGAUGUUUUGGGGCGGAUAGUAGCCCGUCGGAAGGAAUACACACCUGAAAAACCUCGGAUCCCAUCAUCCUACAUCGAAUACAAAUCGCUCUCCUCCCUCCUAGAAGACUUCCGAAUUCGGCUCGGGGGGUUCUUACAAGCGCAAUCAUACCACUUCAUGCACAUGUGCAACAACAACUCGACACCGCGCGCGGCGAUAUUCGGGUUCGACGGCGAGUUUUCGGUUGUUGCGCUUGAUUUGGACGUUCCUUCACGGAAGGCGGAGGUAGAGGGGGAGGUGUUGAGGUUGAAGGGGGAGGUUGAGAGGAUUGGGAGGGUCAGGUUUAGAGGAUGGUGUCGAUUUUCGAUUUUGGGAUCAUCACUCGUUUCGUCCUGGAGAAGGAGGAGAGAAACCGAGAACGAAAACGAAAAUGAUGCAGGCUUACAACCGGUAUCUACCGGUUACAACCAUUCCAAUCGCCGGUGGCCGUCUGAGUAUAGCCACUGGUGGCCACAAAUCAACACCGUAGGGUAUAUAGCUCUUGUCAUGACAAUAUUACUAGUUUCCUCUUCCACCCCCAUUUACUACACACCAAUGGACAACCCUCUCCAGAUUACACAGCUCCUUGAAUCAGUGGGAGCUGAUCUCGUUAAUGAGUACAUCAGCGAGAUAUUUCCGACACCUGUCGUCGCGUCUGGGUGGCACAAAAUUGAAAAUGCCCCAGACUGGAUUGAUAUGCAUGCUUUCAUGGGCUGGAUGAGCCGCCGUCUUCAGUCACAGCCAAAAUCCCAAUCCACCCCUACAUCUUCUCGACACAUUAAACGCGAGCCUAUCGCCCUGACUCCAAUCAUCAAACGCGAGCCAGAUAUAAUUAGUCUUACCGAUUCUGAUGGCUCCGAUGUUAUUGAGUCUGUCGGCGCGCCUUCCUGGGCCACCCUUGCUCCUCAGCGACAUCGCAAAGCCUCCUCCAUGGGAAAGAAAAGGCCUCGAAAAUCAUCUCCCAUCGAUUCUGAAGGCUCUGACUGUGAAGUACUCGACAAGCCUUCUACUGCUGCACCACCACGGCGUCAUCGUAAAAUGGCUCCAUCCCAGAAGAAACGUAGGAUUCGAAAAGGUUCUUCCUCCGAGGAGGAGAAUGAAUAUAUCAAAAUUACACGACAACUCAAAGUGAAGAACCUUGUUACGCUCACGGAACUUCCAAAAACUUGGACUGUUCCAAGGCCCGAAGAUGACAUUGCAUAUCUCCUUGACCUCAGUGAUGAUACUCGCGUGUGGGAAGAUGAAUCAGGCAAGGCUCUAUCUAUGGCAGCCAUUCUCAAGAGCGAGGACCAGGAUUCGUGGGGUGGUGGGAGCUGUGGUUCUAUCAAACCGGCAAAGACACCAAAGGUCAUCCCGCUCGAUAACCAGCCCUGUCAAUAUGCGGAGCACCGUUGUCAGGGGGUCUACCACUGUAGUGAGAUUGAUCCCAGCCUUUUAGAUUCCUGCGAGCGCUAUGAGCCUGAUGAAGAUGAGCGCCGAGAACUUUUUAAUGCGGAACGAGAAGUUAAUAUGGAAGAAACAUCUAUUGUCGAGUUGCGAGCAGUUGCCUUUGUCAAAGAAGCCGAAGGGAUUGCAUGUCCCGCUGUUGAUGAAAGUGGAACCCCAUGUGCAGGAGUCGCCGUUUAUCGUAAAAUGAAUAAAGUCAACUGGGAUGGGAAAAAAUCGUUUGUUGGCUGCUCGAGAUAUAUGCACGGCGACAGAAAAUCCCAUCGCUUUGUAUCCAUCCCUAAAGAAGUGAAUGAAGGUCACGUCAAAGAACUAUUAACAUCUGGGGACAAAUCUUUGAAGACUCUCGUCAAUACGAAGGCAUGCGCUCAUGUUAUUUCUGCUCGUUCAGGAUUGAAGGGGGACGGGAAAUGCAAGUAUUCUCACGUCAAGGACGGAAAAGUUGUGCAAGGGCGUCUCAUGCACCGUAACUGCCCAACAUUAAUUCAGAUAUACUCACCAGUUGAUCGAUCUGAUCGUCGCGCCAUCGUUAUUUUGCGUGGAGCGCACAACCACCCUAUGCUUGUCGCAACCAAACUCUCACGCGAUGGGAAGGAUAAAUACAAGGAGGCUGCAAGAAAGGCAGGACCAAUCGGACUUACCGUUCUGAAUCUUGAUAAGGCCCCUUCUACGAAAGCGUUUUUUAAUGGUGACAUUCCCGCAUUGGCAGACCCUGCCCUAGCAAUAUCAAGGCUGCACCGCAAGCUGGUCCGUGAAGUCAGAAAUGAGAAUAAUCCUCACGGGAAUGAAUUGGAGGGAGUUUUGUACAUGCACAGAAAAAACCACGAGCUUCUGCCUGAGAAGAGGUACAUUCAUGAAGUGCGAUCACAGGAUGGAGUCGAUAUGAUUAUUACCAUGCUUCCCUCCCUUGCUGCAUUGAUCCACACAGCUGAUUCAACCCUACAUGAUAACACAUAUAAGCGAGUGUAUGGGAAGUGGAAAGAAUGGGAAGUUGUCAUUUGGGAUAAGCGGCUAAACAUGAGUCCUCACAUUCGGAUUCUUGCAUUAGGAGUCACUGUAGCACGCAUUUAUUGCACUCACGAGACUCGGGCGGCAUUUCUACAAAUGUGGUCUGGACUAUGGGAUACUGUUGAAAAAGUGACAGGAAAGUUUGUUCAUUUUAGAUUUAUUGAUGGAACUGGACUUCGCGCGAUUCUCGUUGAUGGUUGUAAACCACAAGUGGACGCAUGCGGAGAUGAUCUCCUCAACCGAGUUCGGAAACGUGAAAAACACCUUAUUGUUGAGCGGGACCCUCAAAUAAUUGUACAACACAUUAUUCGGACAUGUUGGGUCCAUCUUGUUCGAAAAUUUGAGGAUCUUGCGAAAUCCUGUCCUGAUGAAGUUAUGAAUCGUAUCCGCGGGUUUCCAUUCCUUGAGACCCAUGAAGAAGUCGAUGAAUUCAUCAAGUGGUGUGAAAAUUCUGAACACAAGAAAGUCCGAGAUUGGAUGGUUGACAAAAAACAAAGUCCUUGGUUUAUACCAUCUCUUAAUCGGUUUAUGAGUAAGAUUUCCGAGGAAGAUUGGUAUCUUACACCAGCCGACACCAAUCUCAAUGAGAGUGCCCAUCCGUAUACAAAUAAACAUACAGGAACAAACUUGAAGAUAUUGGAAGCUAUUCAAAAAGCCCAUGAGCUUGACCUCGACAUUGAGGCUAAGCGAGAGCAAAUGGAGAAGGAUUGCAUUCUUUCAAACCAUUAUAACACCCAGCCCGAACGUGACCGCGCGAAUCGAAAGCGCCGAGAUGCCCGCACACAGAAGCUAGAAGCUCGAAACGAUGCCAUCGACGAGCUCGACAACAUCACCAACCAAAUAAAUGAGGCAGCAGCACGCGCAAAAGAACUUCGUGCGAGAAAAAAGGAACUCCAGUCAGCAAGUGGCAUCAAGCGAACCAAAGCCAAACCAGGCGCGAAGGUCGUAGCAGCCCCUCAACGUCCUAUUGCUGGCCCAUCGCAAUCUGUGCAGGUACCAGAGUUUUCUGAUAGUGAAGAUCUCGAAGCCAAUUAUCAUGAGGAUGUUUUCUCUGGUAACCCCAGCCCUGCACGCUCUUUGGUAUUGCACUGCCCAACCAAUCCCUUCACGUUUGAAUCAACCCCAACACGGCGCUUGCGGUCUCCCUCUAAUUUCGACAUGACUCAAAACAGUACUUCGUCAUCCCCAUAUUCUGGGUAUCGCUUACCAGCUCCAAAUAGCUCUCCCACUCGAUCUGGCACAAUUUUUCCCAGUCGCAGCGGAAACUUUGUUUUUGACAAGUCCCUGGAUCCAUCAUUUCUCAUCCCUCCUACAUACAAUUCAUUCUAA